AUGACCAUGGUCGCCAAGGAUACUUGGGACUUCCUAUUUCAGUACGAAAACCUGCAAUUUGCAGACGGACGAAAUAUGACCUACCUGUGUUACUGUGUAGAGGAGAAGAACGGCGACACCCCCAUGCUGCUCCACAUCGAUGUCCUUCAGAACGAGGUGGCAGGGAGCCAUGUGGAAAUUCUUUUCCUGUCCUUCAUGCGGAGGUUCCUAGCCUCCAUCGAUCAGAGUCUGCAAGAGGCCAGAGAGUCCCAGGUCACCUGGUAUAUUUCCUGGAGUCCUUGUGCUGACUGUGCCAACACAGUGGCCACGUUUCUGAGAGAACGCAACAAUGUGCACCUGAGGCUCUUUGCAAGUCGCCUGUAUUAUCGUGAUGUCCCAGAAUAUCAGCAGGGGCUGAGGGCCCUGAAGGAGGCUGGAGCCCAAGUUGAGAUCAUGUCUUCCUUGGAGUUUUCGGACUGCUGGGACCAUUUUGUGGACCACCAGGGAGAAUGCUUUGAGCCCUGGGAAGAAAUGGAUGAAAAUGUGGAAAUCUUUUCCCAGAAACUUCAAGACAUCCUAGAGACGAGAUGA